ACAAUAUUAAUUCCUCUACAGCAAACACGUUAUUAGUAUUUAGAUUGCAACUUGCAAGUUAUUGCGUGUAGUGGGGCGACUGAGAGUGAAAAUGGGGUUUGCGGCCGUUAGAGUCCCAAGUGUCGGUUCUCCAACGGUCGGCACCGGUGUUACCCGGCAACGCAAGCCACAUUUUCCGGUGAAGAAUGUCCAAUUCCCUGGAAUUCGUCUCGUUUCCAAACCCAAUUCAUCGAUCAUUAACGGGGAGUUCCAAUCCUUCCCACCAGCUGCCGGAGCCGCUGAUCGAUCUUAUCAGGUGCAGUGGAGUGAAGGGGCGCCGGGCAUUUCGACGGAGGACUUGGGAUUGGGCAAGCAACAACCGUUGCUGGAGCUUGGAUUCACCACUAACUUGGUUCAAAUAGAGCCUCUCAUCUCAACCAAUAAAGACAAAGACAAAGUCAGCAACCCUAAGACCCAGAAUGCAAAUAAGGAAGAAGGACAUGAUCAUAGGGUGGAGGGAGGUUUCGUUGUUCCGGAGAGCAAUACCUUUGGCCACUCGUUCAGGGACUAUGAGAAGGAAAGUGAAAGAAAGGCGAGCGUGGAGGAAUUCUACAAAAACAACCAUAUUUACCAGACCUAUGAAUUCGCAAAGAAGAAGAAGGAAGAGUAUGGAAAGCUGGAGAAGACCAAGAUGAGUAUAUGGGAAUGUUGUGAGCUGCUGAAUGAAUUUGUGGAUGAAAGUGAUCCGGAUCUGGACGAGCCCCAGAUCGAACACCUUCUGCAGUCGGCUGAAGCCAUACGGAAGGACUACCCUGACCACGAUUGGCUUCAUCUCACCGCGCUCAUCCAUGACCUGGGGAAAGUUCUGCUGCACCCUUCAUUCGGUGGAGAGCCUCAGUGGUGUGUUGUAGGCGAUACAUUUCCUCUUGGAUGUGCAUUUCAUGAAUGCAUCGUCCAUCAUCAGUACUUCAAGGGAAACCCGGACCACCAGAACCCUACCUUCCGUACAAAGUUGGGCAUCUAUUCGGAAAACUGUGGGCUCGAUAAAGUCACCAUGUCCUGGGGACAUGACGAAUACAUGUACCUGGUGGCAAAGGGAAAUAAGACCACUCUCCCUCCGGCUGCUCUCUUCAUCAUCAGAUUUCAUUCCUUCUAUGCGUUGCACCGCUCGGGAGCUUAUACAUACCUAAUGAAUGAUGAUGACAAGGAAAUGCUCAAGUGGCUCCAAGUGUUCAGCAAGUAUGAUCUCUACAGCAAGAGCAAUGUUAAGAUUAACCAGGAAGAAGUGAAAGCCUACUACCUCUCACUCAUCGAAAAGUAUUUCCCUGCCAAGCUCAGAUGGUGAUGAAAAGACAAUACAAGAGCAUUACAAGUGGUGUGGUAGUGCCGACUGCCGGUGCCGGUGGUUAAUUUGUAUUGGGCCAUAUCCCCUUUUCCCAUUCAGCCCCUUUUACACUUUGCCCUUUAAUUUCUUUUCGCUAGUUUGAUGGCUGAAACAUGUGCGAGUGUGAAUGUGAUAGGAGACCAAAAUAAGUGGUUGAUAUAUUUCUGUUUAUUGUGUGAUUUAUUUAAAUAAGCAUUGGUUAUUUACAUAGCUUUGUUGUAAUGUAUAAAUGGUUUAUUAUAUUAAUUAUAAU